UCUACUCUUUCUCUCUCUCUCUCUGUCUCUCCAUGGCAAAAUCCUCAGCAAUCAAGGUUCUUGAGCAUUGUUAUGUUUCUCCCCCACCAAAUUCAGUUCCGCCAACAUCACUCCCUCUAACCUUCUUUGACAUCCCAUGGCUUUUCUUCACUCCAAGCCAACCUUUGUUCUUCUAUGAAUAUCCCCACCCCACUUCUCACUUCAUAUCCACCACCGUCCCCAACCUCAAGCACUCCCUCUCCUUAACCCUCCAACAUUGCUACCCUUUAGCCGGAAACCUCAAUUCCCCGCCCCAACCUGGCAAGCCGCAGCUCGUUUACACCGACGGCGACAAGGUUAGGCUGACACUCGCAGAGUCGGGUGGAGAUUUCAACCGUCUUUCAGGCAAUCGUCCACGAAAUGUCAAUGAAUUCUACCAGCUUGUGCCGGAGUUGCCAACGAAUGUGUCAUGUGAAGAACAAUUGCUUCCUCUGCUUGCUAUUCAAAUUACUGUUUUCCCAAACCAUGGCAUUUGUAUUGGGCUGGCUUACCACCAUGUUGCAGCCGAUGGAAGAACGUUCAAUAAUUUCAUGAAGACUUGGGCUUCGUUUUGCAGCCAUGGAGACUCAUUCUCCAUUAAAUCUUUGCCUUCUUUCGACAGGAAGGUGAUUGUGGAUUCACAUGAGCUCGAGGGAAUUUUCUUGAAGGAGUGGUGGAAGCGAAAAUCUUCAGAAGAUAUUGUUGCAGGCAAUGGAGCAGCCAAUAAAGCAAGUUUGUCCGACAUGGUUAGAGCCACCUUUGUGGUCGGCUCCACUGACAUGGAAAGGAUAAAAAAAUGGAUUAUUGCUGAAUGCAAGAAGGACAAUGUGCCUCUUCCCAUACAUUUAUCUGCAUACGUACUGACAUGUGCAUUUAUUUGGGUUUGUUUGAUUAAGACCCAAGAGAGAAAGAUUGAGAAAUGUUAUGAUCAGGAUCCGAAUUACUUGGGGUUCAUUGCUGGCGGAAUUACCCGUCUGGACUUUCCGGUGCCGGCGUCAUAUUUUGGUAACUGUGUUGGGUUUGGCCGGGCAAAGGCAAUGAGGAAGGAAUUGAUGGGAGAAGAUGGGGUUGUUGUAGCUGCAAAAGCCAUUGGAAGCACUGUGAAGAGGUUGGACAAGGCAAUCUUUGAGGGGGCAGAGAAAUGGAUUUCGGAUUGGGUGGUGUUGUUUGGGUCGGAGCUCCAUGUUAUGGUUGCUGGGUCACCUAAAUUGGAUCUUUAUGAAACGGAUUUUGGGUGGGGAAGAGCCAAGAAGAUAGAGGAGAUUUCAAUUGAUUGCAUGAGAGCCAUUUCACUCACUGAGAGUAGGGAUGUGGAGGGUGGCAUUGAGGUCGGCCUAGCCCUACCUAAAACUAAAAUGGAUGCUUUUUCCUCUCUUUUCAACGGUGGCCUCAAGGCUCUUCUAUGAUCUAUUCUAGUUAUGGACUUCUUUUAAGAUUCACAAUAUUCUAUUUCCAAUUUGUAUGGUUGUUCUAAUUGGUUCA